AUGUGUUCUGAAUUUUGUCUCUGCUCUGCUUUCGCUGAGACAAGACCUUCGCAGCAAAUGCUUUGCCAGCAUGGGCCGGGCAGCCGCACGAAACCUCUUUUGCUGCGCCGAAGGCCAAAGGCAAAGCGCACCCGAAGGCCAAAGCCAAGGCACUUGCAAACCGUGCUGCAGGUGAAACCGCAAAAGGGUCACGUCCCAAGGGAGGCGAUCCAGAACUUGACAUGCGUCGCAUGUGCUGUUUUUUCUUGGGCGAAGGACGCUUUGACCCAUCUUCCGGACAUCUCCAAGUUUGCUUCACGGCAAGAGGCGCUGCUGAAAUCGAUCGGCCAAGCAACUUCUGCAGUGAAGCAAUGCGAAGGGUCAGCUUUCAAAGCUCCGCUCAACAAGUUGUCCGUGGCCCACAAGUUGUGCUCUGCGAUCUUCUCGGCUGUCAAAGCAGAGAACAAAAGCAAUGAUGCAGAUCACAGUGAACAGAACGCGCCAGUGGUGGAUUCUUCAGGUACUGAGGAGACGGCGUACUUGGGCUUGAUCGAUUACAAGUCACUUCCAUCUGAGAGCGAGUUUGACAUCCUGGCCGGGUCGGAUAAGUUUGACUUGGAGAUGGAGAUGGGCUUGGCACAGGGACACAAAAAGUUCUCCCAGUACAUUGCCACGCGUGGUCAAGAGUUUGCAGAUCCAAUGACCACCACCCCACUCCAGCGAUUGAAGGAUUGGGUCCACUGGUUGCGCGAAUUCGAAUGCACUCAUUGUGGCCUAGCUGCUUCCGAGACAGGUGAGCAGCCAGUCGAUGCCAUUCAACCUGCACCUCCCCGUUCAGAUUGUGAAGGUGGCUCUUCCAAAUUGACCAUCCCUCUUGACUACAAGUGUUUGCCGUCCGAGGCAGAGAUUGAUGAUUUGGGAGCAGUCGGCAAAAUCGAUUGGGUUGAGGAAAUUCGUCAGGCCAAGCUUCAUCCCAAUUUCCCAGCAUACAUCAGCAACUACUCUGCGGAGGCUGCUGAAGGCUUUGAGUUCGGCAGUCCCGAUGGUGACCAAGCGGAAGAUUUGAAGGAUUGGGUCAGGUUUCUUCGGCAGCUGGAAGCAGGUCAGCCGAUUCAUCCUCCGGCAGACAGAGAGAAGCUCAUGACAACAGAGAAGGUGGACUUGCCUGAGGCUGCCGGAUUUGCUCCUGACGCCAUUCCUGCUUCUUCGGCAGCUCCAUUGGCCAACUCCGCAGAGAAGAGCGAUGACAAUGACCCAAAGAAGAAAGUUUUGAUCGACUACGGCUGCUUGCCGUCCGAUUCCGAAUUCGACGCCUUUGCCGCAGAUGACAAGAUUGAUUUUCACGAAGAGAUUGAUCGGGCGAAGGCCCAUCCCCGAUUCCCACAGUACAUUGAAUGCCUUGACCUUCAAGGUGUCGAGGAUAUGUUCGGCAGCCCCGAGGGAGACCCAGUGGAUGACUUGAAGGGGUGGGUGUCGUGGCUACGUGAGUCUACGACAGGCCAGGAAUGGAUUCCUGAUAGGUAG